CUUAGCCGGGAGGGGCUGGGUUUCAGGUUCACCUUGACUCCAGGAGCCGCAGUGGAGCAGGUACCCGCUCCUGCACCUGUUUCUCUUGCACCUGCUGUGCAGCUGCUCCCACCCAGCUCUCCUGGCCUGAGCCUUGCCUGGUGUGGCACCCUGGGGGCACCCCUACCUCUCUCAGUCUCCUGCCCGAGCAGCUGCUACACUCAGCUCCUUCUCUAAGGAAGGUCUCGCCUCCAGCCGGGAGCAGUCAGGAUUACAGCUCCUGCAGAAAGUGCCACCCUCGGCUCCAGGGAACAUCAUGACUGAAGUGGGCUGGUGGAAGCUUACCUUCCUCCGGAAAAAGAAAUCCACUCCCAAGGUGCUGUAUGAGAUCCCUGAUACCUAUGCUCAAACAGAAGGCAACGCAGAGUCCCCUCGGCCAGAGGGCGGGAACCCCCACGGCGAUUUUAACACCCGCCUGGAGAAGAUCGUGGACAAGAACACAAAGGGCAAGCACGUCAAAGUCUCCAAUUCGGGUCGCUUCAAGGAGAAGAAGAAAGUCCGAGCCACACUGGCAGAGAACCCCAACCUCUUUGCUGAUAAGGAGGGCAAAGGACAGUGAAGGGGGCCAGGGAGGAUGCUCUUGCCUCCCUACUCCUGCCAUCAGCUGGAUCUGAGACAGGGGCCUGCCACGCUGGCCUCCUUGGCCACAGCUGACACCAGGGGUGGGGGGGUGGGGGGGUGGCGUUGACGCCUGCUGGCAGGAAACAUGUGGGUUUAGCUUUUUAUUUAUGUGCCCCAGCUUUCUGGAAGGUCUGGGUUAUUCCCGGGUCCUCCCACGUUCCCCAACACAUACAGAGGCUGCAAAGUCCCACAGGAAGGACAGCCCUCCUGGAAGCAAGUGGCAGCCCAGCAGGGAAGUGGGCACGGCAAGGGAUAGAGGGAGCAGACUUCACCUCCUCCAGGGGCACAGGCUCAAGGGUGAGUUUCAAUUGCUGCUCCUUCUACUUGCUCUCCCUGGAACUGUUCCCUGGACCGAUUCUGAGAGUGAAUUUUCCAGAAGCCACCUGAUGGGGUGGUUUUCUGGAGCUGGAGGAGGCAGAGACCCCAAACCUGAGCUCACCUCCUGCCAAAGAGGGAACCGUUCUGGAACUUUGCAGGGGAGAGGAGACCGGCUGGCAUUCUGACACUCUCUGGGGGGGUGGGGUACUGCAGAAGGACCAGGCGAGGGACCCCACAGGUCCCUGCACACAACCUCAAAGGGACACUGCACUGGCUCAUGGGUCCAAAUUCUUCUCCCCUCCUCCUGGUAUUUAAGAAGAACAAGCCCCAGGGAUGAGUCCUGGAGCCCUGAAUUUUGCUUAAAAAAAAAAAAAGUAGGUUUCUCUCUUUGUAAUAAACAGUGCUGCAAAAGCAGAGAACCUAUUUAUGCUUUCGUCUUCUAUGUACUGAAGACUGUUUCUUCUGUCUUUACUCCCUGCAUGGGAAUAAAGUGGAACUCUGAGUG